AUGUCAAGGUUCUUUUCAAAAUUAAGAGGUAAUACAGCAACAGAAUCAACUGAAGGUGGUAGUUCAAGUAGUAAAGAAGUAGAGGCAUCAGCAGCAGCAGCAACAGGUGAAUCACACGAUGGAGCACCUGUAGAAGAGGAAGUAGUUUUGAAUGAAUCAAAGAGAACUAUCAUCUCUCAUUUACUCAAACAAAUAAAGUUUGGUGAGCCUAUCAAACAUCUUUCUCUACCUUGUUUUGUUUUACAACCAAGAUCAAUGUUGGAAUCUUUUACAGAUACUUUUAAUUGUUUGGAUGAAUUAUAUAGAAUACAAGAAAUACAAGAUGAUGAAAAAAGAUUUAUUCAAUUCCUAAAAUUCUCAUUGACUGCAUGGCAUACUAGACCAAAGGGCAUUAAGAAACCAUUCAAUCCUGUGAUUGGAGAACUGUACGAUUGCUACUGGGAUCCAUCAAUUGACGAAAAGGAAAAGAUGCAAGGUACCACAGAGACUGGUGACGAUGUUUCACAUUUUGUAAGUGAACAGAUAAGUCAUCAUCCAAGUUGCAGUGCAUUCUGCUUUUACAACAAGAAUAGAGGUGUCGUUGUCAAUGGUAACGUCAAUCCAACCUAUGUCAAGUUUUAUGGCAAUUUUGCCGAGUCUUCACUCAGAGGUUUGAUCGUAUACCACUUUCUAAAGAUCAAUCAGGUCUAUGAAAUGACACUACCAGUGAUUGGAGUUCGUGGUGUUGUACUUGGCAAGUUGGCUCCAUUUGUCAAUGGAAAGGCUGUCAUUCGAUCAGCCGAUGGCAAGUACCAGGCUCACCUCGAGUACUUGACCAAUGGACUAUUAUCAAGUUCAAAGAAUCAUAAUGGUAUCAAGGGUCAUGUCACUGUCAAUGGUAAAACUCUCUACAAAAUCAAAGGUCAUUGGGAUAGCCAAAUUUUCAUCACACCCGAUUCCUCUUCCAUCUCUUCUGCCAAUCUUCCAAAUGAUCAUAUCCUAAUGGAUUGUAAGAAAUUGAAAAAAUAUUCUCAUUUUAAUUAUCCAAUUGAAAGACAACCAAAAAAUAGUUCUGAAAAUAUUUGGAGAGUUGUAAUUGAUAGUAUAAAUAAUAAUGAUGACAAGACAACUGCUGAGGAGAAAGCUAGAAUCGAACAAAAACAAAGAGUUGAAGAAGCACAAAGAAAAGAAAAGGGAGUUUCUUGGGUUCCGGAAAGAUUUGUUUUAAAACCUUAUAAUAGUGAAUACCCUGAAACUUAUAUUUAUAAAGAUUUAGAAUCAAUAUUCCCAAAUUAUUAUUCAUCAAAACCAACUAGCUAA